AUGGAUUUUAGAGAAAUACCAUACGUUUCUUUGCCCUUUCUUUCCUCCUUCAUCUACGCCAUUCUGCUCUACGCUUAUAUUUUGUCUAAUGGCCUAAUAAUACACAAUAAAUAUUAUUAUUCUAUCUUUUUCAAUUUCUCUCUCUCAUGGCAUGGUGGCAUCACUGGUGGGAUUGAAAUCUGCAUCACCUUCCCCACAGAAUAUGUGAAGACCCAGUUACAGUUGGAUGAAAAAUCGGGAAAAGCGAAACGUUACAAGGGUCCAAUAGAUUGUGUUAAGGUCACUGUCAAAGAACAUGGAUUCCGUGGACUUUACAGAGGACUCAGUGUUCUCUUAUAUGGUUCCAUUCCUAAGUCUGCAGUUCGGUUUGGGGCUUUUGAAGAAUUCAAGAAACGAAAUGUUGAUGCAAAUGGAAACCUGGCACCCAAAAAGCGCUUACUCUGUGGAUUAGGUAAGUUCUUUGUUGUUUUUGUUUCUUUAAAUUGCGUUGUCUAUUAUUUUAUCUCCCUCUUAUGUCUGUUCAAGCAACAGGCAAGGCUACCUUCUUUAUAUACGAAUCCUAGCUGUCAUAUUUGCUCAUCUGUUUCUUUUCCUUACACUCUCAUUUCUUUCUCUCCAAACUUUAGUUUUUCUUUAUCCCUCUUUAUUCUGUGGCUUUUUUAUACCUAUCUUUUGAUGGUUCUGGAUGCUCUCUUUUUAUCCUUCUUUCCCUACCCUCUCUCUCUCUCCUUUUCUCUCUCUCUCUCUCCUCUCUCUCUCUCUCUCUCCCCUUUCUCUCUCUCUCCCUUUUUUCUCUCUCUCUCUCCUUUUCUCUCUCUCUCUCUCUCCCCUUUUUUCUCUCUCUCUCUCUCCCCUUUUUUCUCUCUCUCUCUCUCCCCUUUUUUCUCUCUCUCUCUCUCUCUCUCUCUCUCCCUUUUUCUCUCUCUCUCUCCCCCUUUUCUCUCUCUCUCCCCUUUUCUCUCUCUCUCCCCUUUCUCUCUCUCUCUCUCUCUCUCUAAUCUGAACCUUUUCUUUUAUGUCUUCUUUGUUUUCCUUCUUUCAUCAACUCCUUACUUCUCUCUUGCUGUUAUUUUUAGUUUCAGUGCUGGCGUAUCUGAGGCAAUACUUGCUGUCACCCCAAUGGAAACACUGAAGGUGAAAUUCAUCAAUGACCAAACCUCAGCCAACCCAAAAUACAAGGGCUUCUUUCAUGGCGUAAAACACAUCAUUAAAGAACAAGGAAUCCGAGGAACGUACCAAGGUUUGACGCCAACUAUCUUGAAGCAGGGCUCUAAUCAAGCAAUGCGGUUCUUUGUGAUGGAAACAUUAAAAGAUAAGUACCGUGGAGGUGAUCCCAAUAUCAAAGUGCCAACACUUCUGACUGGCUUAUUUGGAGCUCUGGCCGGUGCAGUCUCCGUGUUUGGAAAUACACCAAUUGAUGUGAUCAAGACCCGCAUGCAAGGUCUUGAGGCCCACAAAUACAAGAACACCCUUGAUUGUAUAAUAAAAGUGAUGAAGUACGAAGGACCUACUGCCUUUUAUAAAGGAACCAUUCCCCGACUGAGUCGAAAUUUUUUCUUGUUACUAUUCUUUUUUUUUUUCUUUUUUCUUUUUCCCCUCUUUGUUUCUUUUUCUUCUCUUUGUUUAUUUUUCCCCUCUUUGUUUCUUUUGUUUUUCUUUUUGUUUCCUAUCUUCCAAAGUCCUUUUUAA